CCCACUUCACAGAUAUGAGAAGCUCGGAUACUGACUCUAAGAUUGAAGAAUGCGUGAACAACGCAUACCCUCUAAGAAUGUUGAUGCCUGUGAUGAACAAUGCUAGCACAAAUGAUGAAGGAGAGUCGAUUCUUGAACCAUAUGUGGGGUUAGCAUUUGAUUCAGCAGACGGUGCGCGCGAAUUUUAUACUCUUUAUGCAGCAAGAAUGGGAUUUAAAGUUCGGAUUGGUCAGUUGUAUCGGUCAAGAACUGAUGGUUCGGUAUCUGCUCGGAGAUUUGUUUGCUCCAAGGAGGGAUUUCAGACCAGUACACGGACAGGCUGUGCAGCAUUGAUAAGGGUGCAGAGACGGGAUUCUGGGAAGUGGGUUGUAGACCUUUUCCUGAAGAAUCAUAAUCAUGAUCUUGGACCUACAGAGGGAAACCAUUCUCUAAUUUUGCAACAGAAGAUUCUAACUGCUAAACCUGUUGAAGUGGUCCAUAGGCCAAAAUGCAAGUUGAUUGAGGAAGUUGAGGAUGGGCGACCUUGCCCAUCUGGUGUAAUUACUGCCAAACGUUCUAAACUGAAUGGGGAUGAAAUGCAGUGUGAAGUUGAACCAUCUUCAGGUCUAAAGUUCAAUUCAGCCAACGAAGCAUAUCAAUAUUAUCAUGCAUAUGCAGAAAGAACCGGAUUUAGGAUCAGGAUUGGUCAACUGUUUCGUUCAAAGCAUGAUGGUUCAAUUUCUUCCCGACGUUUUGUAUGCUCAAGGGAAGGUUUUCAGCACCCAUCAAGAGUUGGAUGUGGAGCUUUUAUGAGGAUUAAGAGACAAGAAUCUGGAAGGUGGGUAGUGGAUCGUCUUGAAAAACAUCAUAACCAUGAGCUUGAGUCUCAACAGGAAGAAGUUCAAAAGAAAAAUCUUUCUGUUUCAAAAAAGUUCAUUUGGGAGGAGAAUGGUGGGCUGGAUGAUGAAGAUAUUGUUGAAAUAAACAGUGGGAACCUUGUCAAAAAACGUCGAGAAAACCACAUUGGAAGUGAUUGGUACAGUGUGCUUUUUGACUAUUUUCAAACUAAACAGGCUGAAGAUACAGGAUUCUUUUAUGCAGUAGAAGAUGAUUAUGGUACCUGCAUGAGUAUUUUCUGGGCUGAUGGGAGGUCUAGAUUUUCAUGCUCUCAAUUUGGGGAUGCCAUAAUUUUUGACACCUCAUAUCGUAAAGGUAUGUAUCUGGUUCCAUUUGCCACUUUCAUUGGAAUCAACCACAAUAGGCAACCGGUGCUUCUUGGCUGUGCCCUACUUGCUGAUGAAUCUGAAAAGUCUUUUACUUGGUUGUUUCAAACAUGGCUUAGAGCAAUGUCAGGACACCGUCCUUGGUCAAUAAUAGCUGAUCAAGAUGAUAUUAUCCAGCAAGCCAUCAUCAAUGUGUUUCCAGGAACCCAUCAUCGAUUUUCCAUGUGGCAGAUGAAGGCAAAACAAUAUGAGCAUCUAAGUUCGGUGCACAGUUCUUUUCAAUUUGAAUAUGAAAAAUGCAUCAAUCAGUCUCAAACAACUGAUGAAUUUGAAACGGCAUGGAAUUCACUCCUCUGCAGGUAUGGGUUGAAGGAUAAUACUUGGCUGAAAGCCAUGUACGAAAAGCGCCAAUGUUGGGUCCCAUUAUACUUAAGAGCUACAUUCUUUGCUGGCAUCCCCUUGAGUGGAAAUAUAGAAUCAUUCUUUGGUACACUUGUGAAUGGCCAAACACCACUUGUGGAGUUUGUUCCACUUUAUGAAAAGGGUCUUGAACGACGUCGUGAAGAAGAAUUAAAAGAGAAUUUUAACUGUUCCAUCUUGAAUGCCUACUUGCAGACAAAAGAACCAGUAGAAGAACAAUGCAGAAGGCUGUAUACACUGAGCGUCUUCAGGAUAUUUCAGAAAGAACUUCUACAAUCCUAUAGUUAUCUAGGAUUUAAGGUUUAUGAAGAAGCGGCUAUCGUAAGGUAUUUGGUCCGCAAAUGUGGGAAUGACGAUGAUGACAAAUCCACAGUCACCAUUGGUACAUCCAAUCACAAUGUGCGGUGCAGCUGUCAAAUGUUUGAAUUUGAAGGUGUACUCUGUCGACAUGUGCUGAGAGUUUUCCAAAUAUUAGAGAUAAAGGAAGUUCCAUCUCGCUAUAUCUUACGCCGCUGGAGGAAAAAUGCUGAAUAUGGUCUGCCUCUUUAUUCUGAAUCAGGUGGCAGCCCUCAAGAAGUUAAUGCCUCAAUGGUAUGGAGUUUGAGGGAAGAAGCCUGUAAAUACAUAGAUGCUGGGGCGACAUCUCUUGAGAAGCACAAAGUUGCCUAUGAAAUUUUGCAUGAAGGUAGAUUAAGGCUUGGUGGCCCCCCAAGCUGACUCGUGUAUCAAGUCUCAACAAUCUCAAUGAUCAAGUACUUCAUGAGGAUUGAUGUGUCUUGCUGUUCUACUCAGGUUUUGAUUUAAGUACUUUCUUGGGGUUGUCUAG